AUGCCACCCUCUGUGUGCAGUGCUGAUUGUGGUCCUGGACUGAGGAAAUUCUUGCAGGAGGGAAUUGCAGCCUGCUGUUUUGAUUGCAUCCCCUGCCCAGAAAAUGAAGUUUCUAAUGAGACAAAUGUGGAAAAAUGUGUGAGGUGUCCUGAGGAUCAGUAUGCCAACAGAGAGCAGAACCAGUGCAUUCAGAAAUCUGUGAUCUUUCUGAACUACAAAGAUCCCUUGGGGAUGACUCUUGCCUCAAUGGCCUUGUGCUUCACUGCAUUCACAGUUCUUAUUCUUGGGGUCUUUGUUAAGCACCAUGACACUCCCAUUGUGAAGGCCAAUAACCGGAAUCUUAGUUAUAUAUUGCUCAUCUCACUCAUGAUUUGUUUCUUGUGCUCCUUUCUCUUUAUUGGCCAACCCAACGCAGCUACCUGUGUCCUGCAACAAAUCACAUUUGGAGUUGUAUUCACUGUGGCUGUUUCCACUGUCUUGGCCAAAACAGUGACUGUGCUUUUGGCUUUCACAGUCACAGCCCCUGGAAGAAGGAUGAGGUUCUUCUUGAUUUCAAGGGCACCCAACUACAUCAUUGCCAUAUGUACUCUCAUCCAAAUUAUUCUUUGUGCAAUCUGGCUGCUAGUUUCUACUCCCUUUAUUGACACUGAUGCACACUCUGAACAUGGCCAAAUCAUCAUUGUGUGCAACAAGGGCUCAGUUACUGCAUUCUACUGUGUCUUGGGAUACCAUGGCUCCCUUGCCUUAGGGAGUUUCAUUGUGGCUUUCUUGGCCAGGAAUCUCCCUGGCAAAUUCAAUGAAGCCAAGUUGCUGACCUUCAGCAUGUUGUUGUUCUGCAGUGUGUGGGUGACCUUUCUCCCUGUCUACCACAGCACCAAGGGCAAGGUCAUGAUGGUAUUGGAGGUCUUCUCCAUUUUGUCCUCAAGUGCAGGUCUGCUGGGAUGCAUCUUUAUCCCCAAGUGCUACAUAAUUUUGUUAAGACCAGAGAGAAAUUCUCUUCAAAAGUUAAAGGAGAAAUCAUCUUACUGA